UUUUCAUUUGACAAUCGUAAUUGUAUGCAACAUUCGUGAGUUGUUUAAUGAACAUGAAUGUUUAUGCAAAGUAAUCGAUCUUAUACAUGUAGAAAUUGCUGGCAAAAAGGUGGAGAUUGUUCCUUCCGUUGUAAUCGGAUGACAGAAAUAAUUGAGGUGGUAGAAAAUGCGACUAACGUAACAAGAAGAAGGUUGAAUUAUGGGGGGUACGAUGAAAUGCUGAUGACCAGUGCCGGUUACACUGCAGCGGCUGUGACAUUGUUUUUCAUCGGAUUCUUUGGAUUUUUUCUCAAUUUGAGUGUCAUCAUCUUGAUGUUGAAAGACAAACAGUUGUGGACUCCCCUCAACAUCAUCCUUUUUAAUUUAAUCUGCAGUGACUUUCUAGUGUCAAUUUUGGGUAACCCCUGGACUUUAGCUUCUGCUGUAUCCUAUAGAUGGAUCUUUGGGAAAUUAAUGUGCCAGAUUUAUGGAUUUAUUAUGUCACUUUUAGGUAUAACAUCAAUUACAACGUUGACAGUCCUCGCGUUUGAAAGGUAUUUGAUCGUUUCUAGACCUUUUAGAAACCAUGGGCUCACAAGAAAAGAAGCAAGGUAUUUGAUUGCAGGAAUUUGGACAUUUUCUCUCAUACUCACUGUACCACCACUGAUUGGAUGGGGUAAAUAUGUCCACGAAGCAGCCAAUAUCAGCUGCUCGGUAAACUGGGAAGAACAAACAUCGAAUGCUCUAUCAUACAUCCUUUAUUUAUUCACUUUCGGAUUGGUGCUGCCAUUAUCAAUAAUCACCUUCAGUUAUGUUAGUAUAGUACUAACUAUGAGAAAGAACAAUUUAAGCAUGGGUCAGACUACAAAAGCAGAGAAACGUGUUACGUAUAUGAUUUUCAUGAUGAUUAUAGCCUUCCUGAUGGCAUGGUCACCUUAUGCAAUAUUUGCCCUUUUAGUACAAUUCGGAAAUCCUUCAGGGGUUACUCCUGCAACUGGAGUGAUUCCAGCUUUACUCGCAAAAAGCAGCAUCUGCUAUAACCCUAUCAUAUAUGUUGGACUCAACAGUCAGUUCCGUCAAGUUCUGAAGCAGUUUUUGGGCAUGAGAAGUGGCAACACAGAGAGCAACGGUGAAACGUAUGCGGUUGGAGUCUCGAAAUUCGUAUCAUCAAGUUUAGCAGAAAAUAAUAAAAUUGGAAAACCUAAUAAAUCAUCGAACAUCGAUAGAGUGAAAGAAGAAACAUUUGUUUUUAGUAAUGUUGACAAGUUUGAUGUUAGAAUUGCACGAAAUCAUAAAAUAAGCUUCGAUUCUAGUCAAGUUUGAGCAAAAUGAACAUUGAAGUAUAUCCAUGGCAAUUUGACGAGAAAUAAAUAUGAAAUUAUUCUUGAUUGUACUAGAAAGUAAUUAUCGACUUAUGGGUAUUGAAAUUCGCUGUCAAAUGAGAUUUAAAAAUUGUUAAGAAAAGAAAACUGUAUUAGAAGAGUUAAUAGAAUUGACAAAAGAUAAAUUGGUAUAAAGGGGAGAAUAGUCAUUGGUUCAGGCUUCAUAAGUAUUACAAUUCUCCAUUUUAACUUUUGAAAUAAUUCAAAAACUAUUAUCAAUAUUUUUCCAUUUUCAUAUUUAAACUUUUUACUAGAUAUUUCAUAAUAAAGUACAUUUACAGGGUAGUAUGAUAUGAUGAUGAUAUUAUGUUGUUUGGCGAAAUUAUUUUUGAAAGUCAAUAAUUAUAUUUUUCAAAAUAG